UUUUGACGUUCAUUGGUUCCCAGGAUUUUCUCAUGGGAUAGGAGGAAAUAUAGCGCACUUUGUUUUGACAGUGAGUGCACUGUUUCUUUUAACAAUGCGUCAUUUCAGUUCUUUAUUGCUUGUCAGUCACAACGGAUCCAUUGAUGCCAUAGUCAGAGCCUCUGUGGUUGUCCUUGCGUUCUAGGCGCUCGUGGUUGAUCACAUGUUCUUAAAUUUAUUCUAGUUUUUCCCCUGCUUGGCUGUCUUUCCUUCUGUUCACCUGUACUUGUUCGCCUGAAGGUGAAUUUGAUACUCUUGAAGAGGACAAGCAGAUAUCUGUGCCGAAGUCCGCUUGAGAUCUCUUAUAUGAGGUGCUAAUCCAGAGAAUCCUGCCAAUCCUGAGAUAGCUUGCUAUGCAACAUUGGCUUCGGAGGGGUUACUGUAUCGUUAAAAUCUAAGGAAGUUUUCUUAGGAAGAUGCAUGCAAGUGAAGGUGGUUGGUUUUGCAACUUCUACACUUCAAUUAUGCCUAAGAGGAGAUGUGGUGGACCACAAGGUUCCAUCUAGGGCCCAGGCUGAACGUACUCCUUCGCCACCCACACCCCCGCCCCCCUUCCUUAAAGUUUGCAAAUCAAAGACAAGAAAUUUCAGAGAGCAGACAUUCUUCGUGCACCUAGCGUCUACAGUAACGAAGUGAACAGAAGAUUGGAGAGGCAGCAGCUUGAAGUUGGAGAAUGUGAAAAGGAAACGAGUGGAGCGAAGACGAGCACUCCUGAAACGACCGCUAGCACCAGCGGUCGUUUGGUGCCAGCCUGCCAGCUGGCAAUACCAGCCGACACAAAUUGACCCCAACCUCUAGCGAAUUCAAACAAUCACGUCGAACACUGUUUGGUUGCUGGAGUACUGUAGGAGCAGUAGCCUUGUACGUUCAGUCGACUUUCCAAAGUUUAAUUCUGGAGGUGACAGACAGCGAUGUAAGAACCACUGACAUGAUGAUCCUCGUCGAGGCAAAUCUCGCCAGUCGGCAGUUGAUCGAGCAGUACACGAAAAUGUCACAUACAGUCCUGUACGAUACGGAAGCUGCUGAACGGUUUCUGGACGCUGUCAACCUCGGGGAUCUCGGGGACUGGGAGAGACUCGCACACCUCCUAAUUCUGCCCUUCCCUUUCCCUCGCGACGUCCAUGGAGCUUCUGUUUGUGAACUACUGCUGUAAUUUGACUUCUCAAGGGCAGUAGGAUCGGGGAUGGAGAUGGUGCCCGUCCUACUGACAAGCAUACGGGUUUAAGGCCAUGUGUUUGUACUGUAUCUUCCAGGAUGUCAAACAGGAAGUCAGACUUCGAAGUAUGAGCAGGCCCUGCGAGGGCUGCAAUGGGAGCUGUCACGGUUUCUGCCAUCCUAACGUCUUGAAUGAACUCAGAGGAAUUUGCACGUUUUGAGGCCGUGCUUGCUGUUAAGUACGGGUUGGAAUCAUGUGCAAACUUAUGAGUCCAGUGGUCAAAAAAAGUAAGAUGCUCAGGAUCGGAGUUUGUUGUAGACCAUCAGAACAGUUUGGAUUUCGAUCACUGCUGUGCCACGACUGGACAUGAGGAUUGGAACUUACAAACUCAGCUGAGAUCCACGCAAGGAGCAACUCUUCUGCCAAUGCCGUUUGUCAGUGUGCUGUUUGAUGAUGGUCCAUGUCGGCUCAAGUGCAGAGAGAGUACCCAUGUCCAGAUGAAGUUCUCACUGCGAAGGCCACAGGUCAGCACUUGCUGUGAUCGAAGCAACUGUACUCGAUCGAAGACUUCUUUCUAGACGUUUCGCCGCAAAUGCUCAUUGGGCUUGCCCACCUUUUACUUUCGAUGCACAGGGUAUACAGGGUCUCAGCAGGGAAUACAAGUGAGCUCUGUCAAGAGCAUUGUUCAUCUAAGAGAAAUCACAAGGCUUCCUGACAGCUGAAAUAUCUGGUCUCGUUGAUUAUAAGAAAGCAUGGCGAGGGGAUCUACAACAAUUGGGUGGAGUAUGUUCAUGCAUGCUUCCCGCCUUAAAUCUCAAGCUCAUGCAGCGUAUUGCUGAAAGAAUCCACUCAGAUCGUAGAUGUUUUAACAACUAUAAGAAAUCUGCUCUGAAUUUCGCAGUACGAGACAAUGGCAAUCUGGGGAUGAUCGAUUCUUGAGAACAUUCUUGGACGGGAUAUCUUCAUACGAAAUGCAAACCAAUUGAGCAGGAUCCGUGGGAUUGUUACAAAGGAGUUUUCUUACUUCCGUGUUAACGGUCUCUGCAGUUUUUAAGGCACUGGCCGAGACUAUUUAGAAGGGACAGUAGUCAAUUAUCCAGUGAAUGAUCAUCCGAUUUGCAAGCAUGGUACUCAAACAAUGUUCUGAAGGUAACGUGCGGAGGCACUCGGCGUAACAGAGAUUUAUCUCCGUCCUCGAUGUCAGGACAAAUGAUCAGAUCCAUUCACGUCGUAGUGAACUAGAAUCGACAAAACGAGAACGCACAUACGGUGCACAAGACGUUUGCCAUAUCUAUCAAAGUGCAAUGCGUCCGUUUCUAGAGUCGUUCUUGACUGUCGUCUUGUGUAAACCUAUUAAUUGGGCAGCCUUUCUGCCGGUGAUGUGGCUCAUCAGCACCAGGCAGUGACUUCUGUUUAAACUUGAUCGUUCUGUAACACACAGUCAGAACUUUUAUUCGGUGCAUCAGCCUUUGAGGGAAGAUAGUAAACAUACCCUCGCAGCGACUUAUGCAGCAGCAUGUCUGGCUUACUGUAUUACUAGUAACUGAAUGACCGUCUGUCGAUCAUUAUGCGAGAUGUCGAAUCACUAGUUUAUAAAGAAUGUGCCUUGAUACAAUGUGGCCAAAAAAUCUACAUUUUUACCGUCCAUACACAACCUCCUCCUCUUUAUUCUGAUGCAUUUUGCUCAUCGCUCUAGUAGAGUUCCUGAGGACCGAGACUUCCCCUGUCUAUUCUACUCUGAGGUCAAUCAUCCAUCAUAUUGUUAACCAUGUUUUCCUCUCGGACUGGUGCUGUUCUGUCGUAGUUCUGGAGACAGGUUAAGAAGCUCAGUUUGAUGCAGAAUAAUGAUCUUCGUUGCAUGGUGCCGGUACCACCAGUGGAAGGAGCAGAACCUCGUGCAUCAGUGUUCUUUCAGGAAGAGGCGACGCAAGGAGUGAGGAGCGCGGAGGAAUGAAUGCCUGUCUCGAUUGGGAUCGACCUGUGAGCGGUGAAUACAGAAUGCAACUGCAAGGCACAUACUCAGCCUCCGUCGAAUACCUGGCGUAAAAUCUGAUGAAAGGAGUACAGUAUGAAUCCUGCUAAAUUGGUCGACUGAAACUUUGAGCUUCUCCU